CCCCCGAGCACUUGGGCCUGUCCCGCCGCUCCCCUCAGGGCUCGCCGUGGCACAAGGCCCGGCCCUGCCGCGGAGGCACGUCUUCUGUCACCCUCGGGCUGGCUUCGCGCUGCAGCCUACGCUUGGUUUUCCUCAGGCAGCGCCUGCCCCAUCCCUUCCAGGGGGUUGCAGCCCCUCCAGCCGUUUGCAUGGCAGCCACAGCAGCGCAGAGGGUCUUCUGUUCCCCAGCGACCCUGCUGUGACUGAGCGUUUGCUGGGGAAUGAGCCGUAGUGCUUAUCGGGAGGUGUCAGCACUAAAAGCUAAGCAGAAUCUGCUGCGGCUUACAACAAGAACACAGCUCCUUUUUCCACAAAACCAUUUGCUCUGUGUCCUGGUGCUCUCUACGAGCACACUGAGUAAAGUGAAAUUCAUGUCUGAGGACCAGCCAUCGGGGCAGGAUGGAGAGCUUGGGCCUGCAAACAGUGACCCUUAGUGACGGGAUGACAGCCUACAUUCAGCAGGCUGUCAAAGAUGGAAAGCUGGUUGAAGGACAAGUCAUCGAACUCGAAGAUGGGACCACGGCUUAUAUCCAACAGGUGACAGUUGAGAAAGAGUCUGUGGCUUUUGAAGAUGGUCAGCCAGUGGUGUUGGAAGAUGGCAGUAUGGCCUACAUACACGAUGCAGCUAAAGAGUGUUAUGACCCCAACACCUUCGAGGCUGUCCAGCUGGAGGAUGGCUCCACUGCCUACAUACACCGUCCUGUCAUUGUGCCACCAGGCAGCACCAUCCUGGAAGUGCAGACAGAAACUGGGCUGGAGGAGUUGGCUGGAGAGGAGGAAGAUGAUGCCUUUGAUGUGGAGACCAUUAAUGCAUUAAAGCAGUACACCAGUAAGGCUUCUGACAAGGAAGAGGAGGGAGUGACAGACCCCUGCCACACGAAGAGCAAGGACUCCAGCAAUGUCUCUUCCCAGGAUUUGCAGGAGGAGGAAGUGCAGAGCAGUGAGAAGAGGCCGCAGGUUGGCAGCAAAGCUUUCCGCUGUGGGUACAAAGGCUGUGGCCGCCUCUAUACCACCGCCCAUCAUCUAAAGGUCCAUGAGCGCGUUCACACGGGUGACAAGCCGUAUACGUGUGACUUCCCAAGCUGUGGGAAAGCAUUUGCUACAGGAUAUGGGCUGAAGAGCCACAUGAGAACACAUACUGGUGAGAAACCAUACAAGUGCCCAGAAGAUGUGUGUAGCAAAGCCUUCAAAACCUCUGGGGAUCUUCAGAAACACAUCCGGACACACACAGGUGAACGGCCCUUCAAGUGCCCCUUUGUGGGCUGUGGCCGCUCUUUUACCACAUCCAACAUCCGGAAGGUUCACAUCCGAACACACACAGGCGAGCGGCCGUACAUGUGUCCCGAGCCCAACUGCGGGAGAGGUUUCACCAGUGCCACCAAUUACAAGAACCACAUGAGAAUCCACACAGGAGAGAAGCCGUACAUGUGCACUGUGCCAGGCUGUGGAAAGCGCUUCACUGAGUACUCCAGCCUCUACAAACACCAUGUGGUGCACACCCACUGCAAACCCUACACCUGCAGUUGCUGUGGCAAGACCUACCGCCAGGCCUCCACGCUGGCCAUGCACAAGCGCAGCAGCCACGAGGUGGAGGCCACGGAGGAGAGUGAACAGGCCCUCUACGAACAGCAGCAGCUGGAGGCUGCUGCUGCUGCUGAGAGGGGCUCCCCUCUAAAGAGCCAGCAUACUGCGUUCCUGUCAGAGGUGGAAGAAAAUGAAGAGGAGGAGGAAGAUGAAGAUGAAAUAGCUGCACAGGUCUCAAUCAUCUCUCAGAAUGAGACAGAGCAGGUCAGUUUGUCACGAGAAGACCUGCAGGCCCUGGGCAGUGCUGUCAGCAUGGUGACACAGAGCGGUCCCCUCCCCGGACCCGAAGAGGAGCUGGUGGGUGAUGGCACACACACCGUGACUGUGGCCAACACCAAUGGCAUCGAGACACUGCCGGUUACCAUAGUCACUUCUGGGGCAGUUGUAUCUGAGGAAUCAGCCAUCACCCCCCUCCGUCAUCAGCAGGUGGCUUUGCUGGCUACUGCCAACGGCACCCACAUUGCAGUGCAGCUAGAAGAGCAGCAGAGCCUGGAGGAAGCCAUCAGCAUGGCUGCAGCAGCAAUGCAGUAUGAACCUGUGACACUUGAUGCAGCUGUGUCUGAGAAUGGGUGCUGAGCCCCUGCAGAGCCUCCCAGGCGGGCAGAGAAGGCAGCCCCAGCCUGUUCUCCACAGGGAUGGUGGGAGCUGCUGGAACCAGGAUGGCCAGCAUGGAGAAGAGGUGCAGUACGUGAGCAAUGGAAGGUGUCAGAGCAGCUGGCAGUGGCUGCACCACGCAGCUGGUGAGAGCUCAUGCAUUGGGCUACAGGAGUCACCCUGUUCAAUGGGCUCUUCCCUCCGAGGAUGGGUGGCAAAGGCUGCUGCCUUCUCUUGGAGGCUCCACUGUUUUCCUGCACUCUGAGCAGCAACUUCGCUGCUGCUUGCCUUGGGCACUGACUGCCUCUGUCUGAAGAUGGUAGAUGGUGUCUUCUAGUUCACAGCUAAGAUCUCCAAGACCUGCCAGUCCUCGGCAGUAGAGGUGAAGCCACAGAGAUCUCAGCAGUCUCAGUGUGCAAAAUAGUUUCGGAGAGGCACGUUUCCUGCCCUCUCCCUCUAGGAACAGCUCCUCUUUCCUGCCCACCCCUCAGGUAAGGGGCAUGUGGGCAGUGUUUGUACAGAAGCAUUGAAGCCCCAUCAAAUCAAGCCUGGGCUGUCCAGGGCUCUGUGUCUGGAGCAGUGACCUGGUGCAGGGUGAGCAUCCGGGCUGGCUUCGGCAGGAAUUCUCCCAUCUCUGUCACACUCUUGAGCAAACUUCCCUGGCAGACUCAGUGCUGUGGAGCAGAGCAAAGCAUUCCCUCCACUGAAGCCAACCAGCUGAGCCAGGCUUGGAUGUAAAUACUGAGUUGAAAUAAAAACAAACUGAAACUUU